AUGUAUCAAGUACCAAAUUACACUGAGACUGUGUCACUGAAGCUAUCAGAGGUUCUGGCUGAUAUAGGUGUUGAUGAGAGAAUAGUACUGAAAACUAGAAGAUCAUGGCUUCUGAGUGAAUCAAUAGUGAAUAUAGAUUACCAACUACUUGAUCAAAAAAUUUUUACAUACUUUUUCGGGAGUCAAUCAGAAGGCACAACUACAAGAGAUUUGAAUUCAGACACAGAUCAACUUAGCUCCAACAAAGAAUUACUUAAAUUGAUUCAAGACUGGAGUGACUGGAUACCUGGUGUAACUAAUCUACUGAUGAUUCAAGAUAAUUCUGUAUCACCUGGAUAUUGUUUACUUCAAUUUCUGAGAGAUGAUUUUCCUCUUCCUGCUUUUGGUGUACCUACUCAAAACUGCUUCAUGGACAGAACAGGAAAAUUACUUUUAAAGAAUUCUGUAUUAUCUGCUGAACAUGUACACGGUUAUGAAGUACAUGGACCAGCAGGUGUACGACAAGGACAACACGGCUUUACUGAUAAAGACCAUGUGAUGGCUCUUUAUUGCACAACAUGGCCACAGCAAGCUAGACAAUGGUUGGAUCAACAAGGUGAAGGUCAAUGGCCGUCUGCUGAAAUGAAACAAUAUUGCAACAGAAGUGGAUGCUUUGUUGUUCCUGUUGGAUGUAGUGGCAGUGAACAUGAGCAACUUGAAUGGAGAAUAUCAACAUCUUUAGCAGAAAGGUGUUUUAUGUUCAACCUGAAUAUUACACAGAUUCGCUGUUAUGUCUUGAUGAAAAUGAUUUUAAAAUCAUUUAUCAAGCCAUUGUUUAACGAUGUUAUUUCAAGUUUCAUGUGUAAAAAUGUACUCUUCAACUGCAUUGCCAAUACACAUUCUAAUACCUGGAGAGAAAAUAACUUACUUUUUUGUCUAACACUGUGUUUAUAUCUCCUGUACAACAAUAUCAUUAAUGAACAUUGUCCACAUUUUAUCAUACCUGGGAACAAUUUAAUGAGAGGAAAAAUUCCACCUGCAGUCAAACCAUAUAUCCUGCAAAUACUCAACAAUAUCAUCAACAGUGAAGGAGUGGCACUAUUGCGUGUCAAAUGUGAUGAUCUUGGUUCAAGGAUUUUUCUCAACUUUUGUCCAUUCAAGACAAGAGACAUUAUGCCAGGAUCACUAUUAUAUAAUCUGGCUUUAAAAAUAUCUGGAACACAUAUGAAAGAUUUUUAUCUAUUUAUUGAUUGUGGUCUUAAUGAAGCUGUAGAAAAAUUUAAGAACUAUGUAUCAAAGAUAUUUAUCUUUCAAUAUGAAGGACUGGAUAAGACAGCCAGUCAACUUAUAACACCCUGGUAUUUUACAACACUUGGAUCUGUCCUGGCUUCACGUAAUAUCUAUCAGUAUAACACAAUACCAGCAGAUGCCCUCAAACUCAUCUCAUUUGGCUUGAAUACAGAUGUGGCAUCAAGUAGACUGAAACUAGCUUCAAUCUUUUACUGUGUUCAAGAAAUACAAAAAACUGAUUUCGUACUCAGUGAGAUUGAAAGGAGAUAUGAUCAACAAAUUGUUGAGCCUGUCUGUUGUUGUCAUGAAUAUGAGAGAAAAAUAAUAAGAUAUGGAUUCCUUGAAUUAUGUUACAAUCGUAAUGAAGAAGUCUUACAGUAUACAACAGCAUCAUGUGUUAUAUUUCUGCCAUGCGAAAUUCACUGUGUACCAAAUGAACUCAGAUAUGAAAUGUUCAGAUCUUCACAAGAGGACAAAAUAUUUCGAACAGAAAAAGACAACAUGUGGAUGGAUUGUGCUGUGGUGGAUUCCCUUCCUUACCUCUACUUUCUACAAUACAAAGUUUACAGCCAUUUAGGAAGACAAGAUCAGAAACAAAGUGCUCUUGUCAAACUUAUCAGAACCAUAAAAGAGGAACGAAACCUUGGACAUCGGGAAACAGCUCUAAAUAUUCUCGGAAAAUGCAUGGAACAAGAAGGUAGAGCUGGAGAUGCUUUACAGUGUUAUUUGAUGUCACUUAAUAUAAGGGGGAGAAACAAUGCUGCAAAGAUUCAUAUCACCAUACUUCUAUCUGUACUGAUAAAUGCAAGGAGAUAA